CGGGAGGGGGGGUGGAACGUGAAGCAGGAAAAAAAAGAGGAAAUCGGGAGCCAAAAAGACGGAAAAAUGGCCUCGCAAUUCUUCAGUCGGCUAAAUAUGGCCGUUCCACCAAUUGGGGCCACUUUGGGAGCAGCUUGGACGACGGUGCGUUCUGCCCUGCCCGACUCGUGCGUCAACAGCCAACAAGACGAGCAACUUCAUUUCGCCAAAUUCGGACGGAAGCCAAACGACACGGAAUUAUCUAAUUUGCAGAACAGCGGAGCAGGAGGCAGUUUGCAACGAGUCGAUUCGUUUGGGGACGACGAAAGCUGCGGCGGAGGCGAAUUCGGCAGUUCGCGGCACAAGAUCUCCGAAUGGCAGGCCGGUUGGAAUGUCACCAACGCCAUCCAGGGCAUGUUUGUCGUGUCGCUACCGUAUGCCGUCCUGCACGGCGGCUACUGGGCCAUCACGGCCAUGAUCGGCGUCGCUUACAUCUGCUGCUACACGGGCAAAAUCUUGGUCGAUUGCUUGUACGUCACCAACGAGGAGGGUCAGUUGGUCCGUGUACGAGACACGUACGUCUCCAUCGCCGAGGAAUGUUUCGGCAGGAGAGUCGGGGCCAGGAUCGUCAACACUGCCCAGCUGAUCGAACUGCUGAUGACGUGCAUCCUCUACGUCGUCCUCUGCGGUGAUCUGAUGGUCGGCACGUUCCCUGACGGCGCCAUCGACACCCGCUCGUGGAUGAUGAUCUGCGGCAUCCUCCUCUUGCCCUGCUCCUUCCUCAAGAACCUGCACCACGUCUCGACGCUCAGCUUUUGGUGCACCAUGGCCCAUGUGGUCAUCAACGUCAUGAUCAUGGGCUACUGCCUUUGCCAGGCGGCCACCUGGGGAUGGUCGCAGGUGUCGUUGCGCAUCAACAUCUUCACGUUCCCCAUUUCGCUGGGCAUCAUCGUCUUCAGCUACACGUCGCAGAUCUUCUUGCCGGCACUGGAGGGCAACAUGAACGACCCCAGCAAGUUCCACUGCAUGCUCAACUGGAGCCACGUAGCGGCCGCCAUCUUCAAGUCACUCUUCGGCUACGUCGGAUUCCUCACCUGGCAGGAGAACACCCAGGAGGUCAUCACCAACAAUCUGCCCACACAAGGUUUCAAGGGCGUCGUCAACUUCAUUCUUGUUGUCAAGGCGUUGCUGUCGUACCCUUUGCCUUAUUACGCCGCGCUGGACUUGCUGGAGAGAGCCUUCUUCAAAGGGCGACCGGAGACCACUUUCCCGCGUAUGUGGGCCCUGGACGGCGAACUCAAAGUCUGGGGUCUGGCCUUCCGCGUCGCCCUCGUCGUCUUCACGACCGUCAUGGCCAUUUCCAUCCCACAUUUCGCCAUCUUGAUGGGCUUCAUCGGCAGCUUCACCGGCACCAUGCUCUCCUUCAUCUGGCCGUGCUACUUCCACCUCAAACUCAAAGGCCCCACCCUCGACUGGGGCACCGUCGCUUACGAUUGCUUCGUCAUCUUCCUCGGCGUCCUCUUCGGCGUCAUCGGCAUUUACUACUCGUUCAGAGCUCUCGUCGAGGCUUUCCAAAUCGGUUUGCCCUUCUGAACGACAUCUACGUGGCUAAAGUGCUGAGUGUUAAUCAUAUCCAAUGUCUUCCAAAAAGAAAAGUGUGAAACCCAAGUCUUCCAAAGAAUUUCUCUAAAACGAGGAUAAUGUGUUCUAGUCAUAGCGUUUCCUAUUAGUCAUGAAUAGUUUUCCUUCCAUCGGUUUUGAAAAAUACGUGUCGCAUUGAUGUUUAUAUUUCUCUCUCUCUAUCUUUACAACUGAAAAAAGGGAUAUCGUAACCAAGUCUUCCAAACUCAAAGUUACACAAAAACCUAACAAAUGUUUCCAACAGACGUUGGUAAAAAGCCGUGCACGGCUAAAUAUUAUCCGGGGCUUCCUCUCAUUGAUUGUCUUUUUGAACAUUUCUUCCUCGUACGUGCAGGACCGAUCGGUCCCGUUCGUCAGUUCCAACUAAAUAAUAUGUGUGAUACGGUCAGCGAGAUUUGUUCCCAACUCCGCUUCACGUGUUUCAUCUUACUGACAAAAAAAACAUUCGUUCUUUAGUUGAGAAAAAAAAUUUAAUGAUUCCGGCAUUUCAAUUAGCAAGCCACGCCAGACAUUUACAAAAAAAAAUGAGAAAGAUCCUACGUCUUCCAGACAAAACUGUCGCAUCUCUCAUUCUCACAUUUUUUUUUGGCUGUUUUGCCGUUAGUUAAUUAAGUACAUUCCCAGCCGGUUACAUAGAACUGUGCGGCAGACGUAACAUUUUGCAUAUCAAUGACGAAAUAAGCAGAAAGUUCUCCAAAUGUCUUCCAAUUUGUGCGCUUUGAAACGUUUCGUUCCUGUCCUACUGCCCUAACCCUCUCUAUUUGCUAUCAUCCUUACCAUAUCAAUCGGCUGUCUUCCAGAACUUGUACAACAACCGAGUGUGUGGAAUCGCUAACAAGUUGUGUAGUUGUUUGUCAUCGACGUCAAAAUAUACACGUUAGUUUGAA